AUGGUCGAUUUCGAGAAGCAGGCCGUGCAAGACCGCUACAAUGCGGUCGAACCGUCGCUCCCCGCACCCAACGUCCACACCGUGACCGCCGAACGACGCCAGCGCAAGCCGACACCGACUCACCGCUGGGCCAUCGCAAGCUUGGUCCUGCUCGGCUACUUCUGGCUCAGCUCGUCUUCUGGAGACGGUAUCCGUCGCCGCGUCCAUCACCACAGCGGCUGUUCCACCGACGCGCCCUUCCUACGACCCGAGAACGCGACCGACUUUUCGCAAGCCAAGCGCGGCGAAGUGGUGUGGUUCGACUGCGCCGAUGAGCAGCGCUAUCCUUCUCCGCUCAAGUGCGGUCGCAUGAAGGCGCCUCUCGACUGGACCAACGACAAGGACGAUCGCAACGCUUCGCUCGCCGUCAUCUUCUACCCCGCCGGUGCGGGCAAGACGCCCAAGGACGAGGUGCUCGGCUCGCUGCUCACCAACCCCGGUGGACCCGGUGGGUCCGGCUUCGAGUUCAUCGCCCGCAAGAAUGCUGCCAAGAACAACGAGCUGCUGGCCGCCAACUUCGAUACGAUCCUCGGCCACAAGUACAACAUUGUCUCGUUCGACCCGCGUGGUGUCGGUCGCACUUUCCCGCGUAUGGACUGCUGGAACAAUACGGAGAAGAGCUACGUGCAUCGCAUCGAGGCUGGCUCGUUCGGCGCGCUGUACUCGCACCCGGGCGCACUCGAUAGCGAGGUAGGCUCCCAGCUGUCGAGCACCGAUCUGCUGUCGGAGCUGUGCGCCGCCGAUCCGUUUGUCAAAGAGCAUGGCAAAUUUGUUGGCACCACUGCGGUGGCAAGGGACAUGCACCUGCUGCACCGCUUCUUUGGCGACAAGAAGAUCAACUACUGGGGCUUCAGCUACGGUACCGUGCUCGGCUCCACGUUCGCCGACAUGUUUCCGCAGGACAUCAACCGUCUAAUUAUCGAUGGUGUCGUCGACGUGCCCAACUACAUGGAGGGUUUGUGGAGCACCAACCUCAAGGACACCGAUGGUGGCUUCGACGGUUUCUUUUCCGAAUGCGUCAAGGCCGGUCCCAAGGCAUGCGCCCUCGCAUCACAAUCGUCGGACGCCAAGGAGUUGCAGAAGAAGGUGCUGGAUCUGCUCGAAGAACUCAAGUACCGCCCGAUGCCCGUGAUCCAAUCCGACGUGCCGCAGCUGCUCACGUUCAGCAUGGUGCUCGAAACCUUCUUCACCGCGCUCUACAAGCCCGCCGGCUGGCCCAAGCUCGCCGACAUGAUCAACGACAUCAUCAACGGCAACGGCACCGCCUUUGUCAAUGCGUACGGCGACUCGACCUACCACGUUCCCAGCAUCCCCGAAUCUGAAGAGGCCAAUGCGGCCAUUGCCUGUGGUGACGGCCUUCGCGAGCCCCGAGACAAGUCGUGGUCCAUCGAGCAGGCCAAAGAACACAUCGGCGUGCUCGAGAAGGACUCGCCGUUGUUCGGUCAGUUCUUCGCCAACCAAGCCGUCAAGUGCAUCGGCUCGUGGAAGCUGCGUUCCAACGAGCGACACAGAGGCAAGUUUGACACCAACUCGUCCUUCCCCCUGCUCACGCUGGGUAACGACUUUGACCCUGUGACGCCGGGCAGGUUCGCCGAUAUGAUGGCGGACAAGUUUGGUUCGGCUGUGUCGGUGCGUCGUGCGGGAUAUGGUCACUGCAGCAUGUCCCAGCCGUCCAAGUGCAUCAACAAGAUCAUCGGCGACUACUUUGUCAAUGGCACGGUACCAGAGAAGGGCAUCAAGUGCGAUGUGGACGAAUCGCCUUUCCCUCAGCCCAAGAACGAGUCGAGCGUCGUUGUCUCGCUUUCGGUGGAGCAGGCUCGCGAGAUGGAGGUCAGCGAAGCUAUGGCUUCGAUUAGCGAGGCCGUCGCCGAAUACAACGCCCGCCGAUUGCUGUAG